AUGCAGAUUCCAGAGAUGCAGAAUGACAGGAUUAGUAAGUUGCCAGAUGAAAUCCUCGGUCACAUUAUUUCAUUUCUCCCAUCUGAAGAUGCUUUUGCAACUCGUGUACUUUCUAAGAGGUGGAGGCCACUAUGGUUUCUAUAUCCUAGUCCCAAUCUCGACUUCGAUGAUCAAAGAUUUUUCAGAAAAGAAGAACCAUAUUUUAGCUUUAUUAAUAUGGUGAAUGUAACUAUUUACGAAAGAAGUGUGCUCCAACCCAUCAAAAGCUUUCGCCUACGUUGUCAUGAAUAUCAUGAUAACUCUAUGCUUGAACACAAUGUCUUGACAUGGUUAACCGCUGCAGCAGAACGUGGAGUGAAGCACAUUGACGUUCACAUGUAUGAUACUCCGAAGACGAGUGUCAAUUCUUGCGUUUUCUGUUCUAGUACUCUUGUUGUUCUAAAGCUAAAAGGUGUAAGUGUGAAUCACUUUAUACCCGCUAACCUUCCCUCACUUAGAACUCUACACUUGAAAAGUGUUCAAUUUAUUGACGAUGGGCAUAUUGUGGAAAUUCUUAAUGCUUGUCCAGUUCUUGAAGAUUUGGAAAUGAAAGAUAUAUCAAUCUCAUCUAGGUCAGAUGAGUUAGAUGAAGAGGUUAAAAAAUUAACUAAUUUGAUAAGGGCGGAUGUUACUAAUGUCUCUCGUUAUGGUGUUGAUUUGGAAGUCUUAUCUAAUGUUAAGUUUCUUCGGUUAGAAGAGACGUUUGAUGCCGUUCCUGUGCUUUCCAAUUUAACUCAUUUGGAGAUCAUGUUUGGAAGAAAUAUUAACUGGUCUUUUAUAAUUUCUGUCCUGGAAAAUUGCCCUAUACUUGAAAGUUUUCUCCUAGAUAUGUCGUUAACUACACAUGUUUUUCAUCUUUUGUGGUUCCCAUGUAUUUUACCAGAAGGCCUUUCUUUACAGUUUAAAAUCAGCACUAUUAAAAAUUAUAGAGGACAUAGAUAUGAGUUGCGGUUUGUAAAACAUUUACUGUUGAUUUCCACGUCGUUGGAGAGCAUGAUAAUAUGCAGUUCAUCUUCCUUGAAUAACCAGGAAAAGAUGGAAAUGAUGAAAGAAUUAUUGGCAUUGCCAAAGAUCUCAGUUAAAUGUUGGAUGUUGUUAGAGUAG